CCCAAAAUUGAAUUGAUGGUUAAAAAGAAGCACUAGUUGAAGUUUCAUAGAACAACAACCGUUUUAAAUAACAUUUUAUGCUGUUAGCACCGUACCAGUCUGUUUAGUGUUGGGGGAGAGAGAGGGAGAGAGAGAGUAUGUAUUCCAAAAGGGUAUAAUGAGCUCCUGGUUAUUAUGGUAUCAGCAGCCAGCAGCAGUGAAAAUCUGGUAGAAAUGAAUCAAAUGACAUAUGCAGCUGUAUUCAUGCAGACUUCUGAUACGUACUGAUUUCUACACACACAAACACACAGAGAGAGAGAGAGAGAUGAUGUGGUGGGACUUGGAAGAAGGGAAACUGGGGACUGAAUCAAAUCGAGCGCAGGUUAAUUGCUAUUGUCAGAGAAGUCGUUUCGUUUUCGGUGUUGUGUAAUUAAUAGCGUGUCUUUUAUUGCAACUGCGUUUAUUAGUGCGUUUUCGUUCUUCCUUUUUGCUGUCACAUAGCUUUUAAUGUUUAGACUCUGCCCUGCCUAUUGAGUGGUGGGUGAGGCGUUAUUGUUGGGUUUAAGACCUAUGGAGGCUUCUUCGGCUUCAUCUUCAUCUUCAUCUUCAUCUUCAAAGGGUUUCAUGGAAAAUGUGGAGCAACCCCAUGUUUUGGCUGUUGACGACAGCAUCAUUGAUCGCAAACUAAUCGAAAAGCUACUCAAAAAUCUGUCUUGCAAAGUGACUACUGCAGAAAAUGGGCUAAGGGCGUUGGAGUUUUUGGGCUUGGGAGAUCAUCAAAACAGUAGCUUGGAGGGCAAUAUCUCAAAGGUAAAUCUGGUAAUUACAGAUUAUUGUAUGCCAGGGAUGACAGGCUAUGAACUACUCAAGAAAAUCAAGGAAUCAUCACUCAUGAAGGAGGUUCCAGUGGUGAUUAUGUCAUCUGAAUACGUACCGAAUCGUAUUAACAAGUGCUUAGAGGAGGGAGCUCAGAUGUUCAUGCUAAAGCCUCUCAGACAGUCGGACAUAAAGAAAUUGAGAUGUCAUUUGAUGAAAUUGGAAAGAACCUGAGAAAAAAAAGUUUAUAAUAUCCCUCAUGACAUAGAACUUAGAACUCUCCUUCAACUGCUAAUUUUGUAACCUUUGGUUUUGUUUUGCUCAGAACUUGUUAUCUCCACCUUUGCAUUAUUGUAUGAGGCACGGAGAUACUUCGAAGUAACACUCAUUUUGUUUGAGAAUCAA